AUGGCACUUGAUCUUGCUAUGACCUCACAAUUAGCACCCUACGAUGACGAGGAGGAAAUACAAUUGAUGGAUACUGAUUUAACAAAUUUGCAAGAAGAAGAACAAUUUGUUAAUACAACAGAAAGUGUUGUCAAUGAAGAAAAACAAGAAGAAAAUAAUGAUAUUGAUGAAUUAGAAAAAACUGACGACAAAAUACCAUCAUUACUUGUCAUUGAGAAACUCAAAGUGUAUAUUCGAGAUGGACCCAACAAGCAUCAUGUAGAAGCAAUUCCUUUUGAUGAAAAAUAUUAUGAAAUACCUACUACAAACAGUUUAGCAUCAGUCAAAUUAACAGAAGAAGAAAUCAAAGAUAUUUGGCAAAGUUUAAAUUUGACUCAAGAAGAUUUUCGUACGUCAUUGACACCAACUGGUAUAUCUCGCCCUGAAUCUCUCUAUGUUCGUGGUGUUACCAAUAUGGGUACACAAGAUAUAUUGAAUUGUUUUGAAGAAUUUCAACCGAUUGGUAUCGAAUGGAUUUGUGAUCAUUCAUGUAACGUCUUUUGGUAUGACAGUUUAACACCCAUACAUCUUCUUGCAACAAUGACAAAACCCGGUCCGUGUAUAUCUCAUCGACGUCCUGUAGAUUUUGAUCAUGCUAUGCGAUUAUCGAAACGAAAAUCAUCAUCAUUAACAUCUACAGAUAGUGAAAAUAAUUCAGCUGAGAUAGCACUUCCGCCUGGUCAUUGGCGUGAAGGAAAUUUUCCAUUAGUUAAUAAACCGGAACCAUCUAUUAAAUUCUAUCUUCGAUAUACAACAAUGAAUGACCGAAAAGUACGUGGAGCUGAAAAUCAAUCUGAAUACUAUCGACAAUAUGGUAAUCCUAAUUAUAAUAACAUGACUGGCCUUAUAUCUCGUUCAAAAAAGCGUUCAUUAAAUGCAAUGAAAUUAAAUCCGUUUCGAGAUUUUACUGUUGUCAAAUCGAAUGAUCCAACAUCUUACUCGAGUAGUGUCGUGGAAGAACUAACAACAACAGAGGAUAGUACAACUGAUCCAAAAGUUAAAUUUACGGUUGUCCUUCCUCCAAAAAAGAGUUCACCUAGUCGAGAAACGGAAGAAGAUGAUGAAGGAGAACAUAGAUCGAAACGACAACGACGACGAUCGAUAGAUACUGAUGAGGAUCGUCAACAUAAAGAAAAACCUCACUUUACUGUAACUAUUGAUCCAGCCUCUAAACAUACAAAACAUUCAAGGAAUAAAACUCAUGAAACGUCAAAAGCAAAUAAAGAUAAUGAUGAAGAUGAUGAUACAUUGGCACCUGUCACUGAUGCUCGACAAAUUCUUGAAAGAAAGCGACGAAAUCGACGAUGA